AUGCACGAAAACAAAGUGCUUGCAAUUCUAACCUACGAAGGCAGCGAGCGCCCUAUGAAGACAGUAGAGCAGUUACAACGGAUAGCUAAUUCGCUCACUAUCGAAGAGUUGAAUGAUGCGUGCAGAGCGGCUGGUCAUUAUCGGUCUGGAUUUCCGUAUCCGCUCGAUUCUCCUUCCCCGUUGUUCUACAUCAAAUACGGGGGUGGAGGGCAAUGCUUCAACAACAUGGAGGUCGCAACCCAAGUCUUUACGCGCGAUUCCCUGAAAGCAAUGUCUGGUUCAACCACCGAUGGUGGCAACCUUCCCCGCGUUCCCAAGAUAUUUCGUGUUUUUGGAGGGAGAUACAUCGUCAUGGAAUAUGUCCAAGGAAAGACGCUUCUAGAGCUCGCAGAAACAAAAUCAUGGGAAGAGCAGCUUCAAUACAUCGAUCGUAUUGCCGAAGCCGUCGACAUUCUGCUCACAAUCCCUAUCCCGGCUGAGGCGGCCCCAGGGCCAUACGGAGGAGGUAUCACCAGACAUCCACUCUUCAAGGAUAGUGAAGCGCCAAAGAUCUUCAACGACGUCGCAUCUCUCCAGGAGCACAUCAAUUAUAUGAGCACCUUGCCUCAAAAAUCUAGAUAUACUGCCAAUCCUCCACGACCCGAGUCUACUUUCGACAACAGACUCUACCUGGUUUACAGCGACUUCUACCCGGGCAACUUCAUCUUCGAUGCGAAUGGGAGUCUGUGGAUAAUAGACUUUGGGCAUGCCAGUCUCCUGCCGCUAUGCUUUCAGACAUAUGCGCUGCUCCGACCUUUCCCUGCGUCAGGGCAGUAUGCGGAUGCCAUUUACGAUCGGAUUAAGACUGAACUGCCUACCAGAAAUAUAGAAGCCAUGAGACGAGCUGCUGGGUGGUUCGGCAUGUCCGUGAGAUGGCUCGGUUUGUCGAAGGAUGAGGUCUUCCAGGGCGACUACAGCCCGACCUAUACUUUCCCAGAGGUCAUGUCCGUAGUGAAGAGUCAGCCAGACACCUCGCGAAGUAUCUUCCUGGAGAAAUGGCACUCUUGGUUUACAGAGCACAAAUAUACUUGUCUGUUACUCGCCAGCGGUGCGCUGGGCCUGAGCCUCGCCCUGAGUCAUGUUCCACGGGCGCCGGAAGAGUGA